AUGCAUUUUCCUCUUGUUUCAGCUUGGAACAAGAGAAGGAGAAGCAAAUCCUAUGACACGGAUCCAUGUACGUUCCUUUUCUCCAUCAUCUUCGCCAGAUGGCGUAAAAGGGUCUACAGAACAGCAGAGUGCUGGCAAAUAGAAGAUCAGACGUCUCAGCCAAGGAAACGAAGGUACGGGUCAUGUGUUUAUACCCUCAAGGAAAUGGAGGAGGCCACAAGUUCCUUCAGUGAUGACAAUCUCCUCGGUAAAGGAGGAUUUGGCCGAGUUUACAAAGGCACUCUAAAAACAGGAGAGGUUGUUGCGAUCAAGAAGAUGGAUCUACCUCCGUUCAAAAAGGCUGAUGGAGAGAGAGAAUUUCGUGUGGAAGUGGACAUAUUGAGUAGACUCGACCAUCCAAAUCUUGUAUCUUUGAUUGGUUACUGUGCAGAUGGAAAACACCGCUUCCUAGUAUAUGAAUAUAUGCAAAACGGAAACCUGCAAGAUCAUUUGAAUGGAAUAAAAGAAGCAAAGAUAAGCUGGCCAAUAAGGCUUAGAAUCGCACUUGGAGCAGCGAAAGGACUCGCGUAUCUCCAUUCAAGUUCUAGUGUUGGCAUUCCAAUUGUUCACAGAGAUUUCAAAUCAACCAAUGUUCUACUAGACACCUACUAUAACGCAAAGAUAUCCGACUUUGGACUAGCAAAGUUGAUGCCAGAAGGAAAGGACACUUGUGUAACAGCAAGAGUUCUAGGAACAUUCGGCUACUUCGAUCCAGAAUACACGUCGACCGGUAAACUUACACUACAAAGCGACAUUUAUGCAUUUGGGGUUGUGCUGUUAGAACUACUUACUGGACGCAGAGCAGUUGACUUAACUCAGGGCCCAAACGAACAGAACCUUGUGCUACAGGUCAGGAGUAUACUAAAUGAUAGAAAGAAACUGCGCAAGGUUAUAGAUCCAGAGCUGUCUCGGAACUCAUACAGCAUGGAAGCUAUAGCCAUGUUUGCUGAUUUGGCAUCACGUUGCAUCCGUAUAGAGAGCAGCGAGAGGCCUUCAGUGACGGAUUGUGUUAAGGAACUGCAACUAAUUAUCUACACAAACUCCAAGGGUGGCUUGGGUGGGACGAUACCUACAUUCAGAAGGCUCUAG